GGCCCGGGUAUCCCGGGCGGGGUAUCCCGGGGGCUCCACCUAUUCCCGAUCUUCCGCCUGGUGCUCGCAGACCCGCUCGGUUCCCGUUUUCCAGCCGCGCCGCCGGAAGUUCGAGGUGCUCAGGAACUGCAGAUCACAAGGCACAGCAGGGCAGGGAAGGUUGACAUCAGCCGGAUAAAGCCGAGGCUUGGACAAAUCACAAGCCCUGUCCUACCCUUUCCUGAGACUCCCACCAUGGACGAUUCCUGUGAGGACCCUCCCACCUCUGCCGUGCUCCUGGACAGCUGCCACUUCUCCCACGUGCUUUUCAACGACGUGGAGAAGUUUUAUGUCCCUGGAGGAGACGUGACCUGUCACUACACCCUCACCCAGCACAUCUCUGCCCGGGGCAAGGACUGGGUGGGCAUCUUCAGGGUGGGGUGGAAAACAACCCGGGAAUAUUACACCUUCAUGUGGGCCCCCCUGCCUGCUGCUGGCCACGGGGACACUGCUGUGCAGCAGAAGAUCCAGUUCAAAGCUUACUACCUGCCCAAAGAUGAUGAGUACUACCAGUUCUGCUACGUGGACCAGGAUGGGAUGGUCAGGGGGGCCAGUGUCCCUUUCCAGUUCCGGGCAGAGGCUGAGGAUGACAUCCUGGUGGUCACCACACAGGGGGAGGUGGAAGAGAUCGAGCUGCAGAACAAAAACCUGUGUCAGGAAAACGAGGAGCUGAAGGCGAGUUGUGCAAACCUCCAGCAGCAGAACCUGGAGCUGCAGGAGGAGCUCAAGAAGACACAGGAGCUGCAGAAAAGUUUGGAGUCUUUCAGGAGCAGCACAGAGAAACUGGAGCUGGAGCUGAACUCCCUGAAAAUGGAGAAUAAGCAGCUGAAGGAGCAGGGGGACUGCACAGGGGCAGAGCUGCAGCAGCUCAAGGAGCAGCUCCAGAACGUGACCUCGGAGAAGGAGCGCCUGGAAAACAGGCUGAGAACUGCCCUGGAUCACAUGGACCAGCUGCAGUCCCAGGUGUUGAACUACGAGAAAGAAGUGGAAAACUUGUCUCACCUGGACCAGGACAAGACAGAGCAGCUGGAAACCUUAAAGGAGGAGAAUCAGCAGCUACGCUUGAGCACGGCCCAGCAGCAACACGACCUGAUCAAAGAGCUGGAGGAGCAGAAGCAUUUGUUUCAGGUCCUGAAGGCAGAGAAGGAUGAAGCUGAUGAGGAAAGUCAGAAGCUGCGGGCUGAGAACAGCGCUCUCCUCAGGCACCUCUCGCAGGAGCUCUCCCCCCUCUCUGCCCUUCCCCGAGCUCCAGCUGCAACUCCAGCCCCUGGAGCAGGAGACCUUCUGUUUGGAAAUCCAUACAGUGCUGCAGGAGGAAACCUGGGGGCAGGAGUUGAAGCCUCUCUGAGGGUGUGCCCCAUGUGUGGGGAGCUGUUCCCUGGGGAUGUGGAGAGCAGCCAGUUCGAGGCCCACGUGCGGAGUCACCUCCUGGACUGCCCCAUGUGCACAGAGAGCUUCGAGAACCAGCAGGUCUUUGAGGACCAUCUGCUCUGCCACAGGCUGGAAUAAAUCUGAGUUCCUGCCUCUCUGUAGAAUAGGUGAGAACAGCCCAAAAUCCCUGUGCAGGCUCCACUCCUGCUGAGCUCCCCCGGGACUGUCACUCUGAGCCUCCUGGUCCAGCCAGCACAUGAAUCAGGGCAAACACCCACGUCCUGCAGCUGAAUCACCCUCAGCAAACUCAAACCCUGCCUUGGACAAAGUCUAUCUGCUUGUUAAACAACUUACAACUCCUAAAAUUAGUUAUUUAGUUGACUAAGUAACGGGGAUCCAGGUGAUGGGACAUAGAACUGCAGUUUUCUGUGCUUGGCUGAUGCACCUCCCAUGUAAUUGUUCUUUAUUUUAGCACUGUGAUGGGUAACCAAAGACCAGAAACAUUUUAUAGAACCUCUCAGGAUCACACUUCCAGCUUCUGGAAUGCAGAAUUAACAAGGGAAAACCUAAAUAAAAAUGCAUCUUCUUUCACCGUGCAAAGCAGGUGAGAGAUAUUUACAAAGAGGUGGAAUUUCUGUUUGCACUCGAAGUCUGGGGCUGCUCUUCCAGCAGAGGGGACAGAAUGACUUGUUGGAGGGUGAGAAUCCUGCCCUCCCCAUUCCAGGAUGAGGAGACCUUGGAAUUUCUGAGCAGGGAGGGUCAGUGUGGCGUGGAACCCACGGGAGAGCAGUGGCUGGGGAUAAAUGAUCUCUCAGCAGAACCUCAUUGAUUCUGGAUGAGUUUUAUACAUUUCUGAGCCUUCUGGAUUCACCCAGAAGAGCCUGUUCUUAAACCAAAACGUUGGGAAUCACAGCUAAGUGCCUUGGGACGUUCCAAUGCUUUGUGCACACCUUACCCAGUGACUAUUUUUUAUUUCUGCUUCAGCAUUUUCAGUUUAUGAUUAACAGCCCUUUUUUUCCAUGCAAACACAGAUGGGUAAAGGUUUAUUAUCCAGCUGUAUCACACUGUGCUUCCUGCUGGGUAUCUGAAGCAAUAGAAAAAUCCUAAGGAGUUUACAUAGAGGCUU